GACCGACCGACGAGAGCAUGAGCGAUGUGUGCAUAAGCUCAAGAAGAAGCGCCGGGCGAUAGAUAUAUGAGAGCUUCGUAGUCUUGUGAGAGGCAGGGGAGGUGGAGAAGAAGAAGAAGUCUGUGAACGAGAAAUUCAGCGAGAGAGUUUCGGUCCAGGAGGCCAAUUAGUCGACGACAUAUCUGGGCGGUCGAGGAAUGAUGAAUGGCAGCUCGGAAGCGACGCUCGGGCGGCAUCUGGCCCGACGUCUGGUGGAAAUCGGAGUGAAGGAUAUCUUCGCUGUGCCCGGGGACUUCAAUCUCGUGCUCUUGGACCAUCUGAUUGCGGAGCCCGAGCUAAAGCUCGUCGGGUGCUGUAACGAGCUCAACGCUGGCUACGCUGCGGAUGGAUAUGCGAGACGUCGCGGAGUGGGAGCUUGCUGCGUGACCUUCACCGUCGGUGGUCUCAGUGUGAUCAAUGCCAUAGCGGGGGCGUACAGCGAGAAUCUUCCGGUGAUUUGCAUCGUCGGAGGCCCCAACAGCAACGACUACGGCACAAACCGCAUCCUGCAUCACACGAUCGGGAUUCCGAACUUCAGCCAGGAGCUGCGGUGCUUCGAGCAGGUCACUUGUGCGCAGGUCGUGCUGAAAGACUUGGAGGACUCUCACGAUCUGAUCGACAAAGCCAUCUCGACAGCGCUGCUGCAAAGCAAGCCUGUCUACAUCAGCGUCAGCUGCAAUUUGGCAGGAGAACCCCACCCGUCGUUCAGUCGGGCUCCCAUCCCCUACGCUCUGCCCGAGAAGCUCAGUAACCCGCAAUCGCUGCAAGCUGCGGUGGAACACGCAGCCCAAUUCCUCAAUGCAGCAGUCAAACCGGUGCUGGUGGUGGGUUCCAAUGUCAGAGUGGCCAAAGCCCAAGCCGCAGUCCUGGAGCUCGCGGAUGCAGCGGGAUACCCCACAGCCGUCAUGCCUGCAGGAAAGGGACUCUUCCCGGAGAGUCACGAGCAUUUCAUCGGUACGUACUGGGGAGCGGUCAGCACUCCUUACGCUUUGGAGAUCGUGGAAUCCGCAGAUGCUUAUAUGUUCGUGGGGCCUGUGUUCAACGACUACAGCUCUGUGGGGUACUCGCUCCUUUUGAAGAAGGAGAAGAUGAUUUUGGUUCAGCCCCAUCGAAUCACGGUGGGCGGCGGAGCUUCUUACGGCUGCAUCCUGAUGAACGACUUCCUCAAGGCUCUCGCCAAGGCGCUGAAGAAGAACACAACCGCGCACGAGAACUUCCAGCGCAUUUACAUACCACCGGGCACAUGCCUCCACGCGAAGAAUGCGAAGAAUGAGGCUCUCAAGAUCAACCAGCUCUUCCACUACAUUCAGAAAAUGUUGACCCCCGAUAACGCUGUGCUAGCAGAAACAGGGGACUCCUGGUUCAAUUGCCAGAAUCUGAAGCUCCCCGACGGGUGCUUGUUCGAGUUCCAGAUGCAGUACGGAUCGAUCGGGUGGUCGGUUGGUGCCCUUCUGGGAUUCGCGCAGGCUUCCAAGGACAAGCGGGUCAUCGCAUGUAUCGGAGAUGGUAGUUUCCAGGUUACAUGUCAGGACAUUUCAACCAUGAUUAGAAACGGACAGAACAACAUAAUCUUUUUGAUCAAUAACGGCGGCUACACGAUCGAGGUGGAAAUCCAUGACGGCCCUUACAACGUGAUCAAGAACUGGAACUACACCGCUCUCGUAGACGCCAUUCACAACAACGAAGGCAAAUGCUGGACAACGAAGGUGAAAACAGAGAAGGAACUUCAGCAAGCUAUCGAGAAGACUUUGAAGGAGAAGCACGACUGUCUGUGUUUCAUCGAGGUGAUUGCGCAUAAGGAUGACACCAGCAGGGAGCUCCUGGAGUGGGGUUCGCGAGUGUCUGCUGCAAACAGCCGACCCCAUAAUCCCCAGUAGACGAAUGGCUUGCCUUUUCUGAUGUUUGCUUCGGUCCGACCACUAUCCUUUACUUGUAAUUUGUAGGCGAACCCAUGGCAUUUAGAGGUCUUGUGUAGAUUGCUGCGGGAAAUAUGUGAUACAGACCUUGAGACGGGCUCAGGCGUGUUCACCACCGACCAAUGUAGAAUGAAGACAUGUAAAUUUGAAUCCUCAACAUGUGGGCGGAAAUUUUUGAAUGCUUUGGAAAGCUCUGAAUGCAAAGAGUGGGAGCGACGCGCGUGGACUGCAAAUUAUGUAUUGGAAGUGCAGCUGAGAUUAUACAUUACGAAUUCAAAAUCAAUAAUAUAAAAAUUAUGGUAGUUCAUAUUUUGUACAUCU